AUGGCUGACGCCGGUGAAUCCACGGGCCCUUCAAAGAGCGCCUUGAAGAAGGCUGAGAAGCAGGCCAAGAUGGCGGCGGAGAAGGCCGCGAAGGCGGCCAAGCAGGCGGCGCUCCUCGAGGACUUUCCUCAAUGGUACCAGGAGGUUGUCCUCAAGGCCCAGAUGAUCGACUACUAUAACGAAAUUUCGGGCUUCUACAUCCUGCGCCCCGCAGCGAUGUAUGUCUGGAACACGAUCCGAAGGUGGUUCCAGGAGCGCAUUGAGCUUAUGGGAGUCGAGGAAACCAGCUUUCCUAUGUUCUUGUCCCAGGCCUCUUUCGAAAAGGAAAAGGAUCACGUCGAGGGUUUUGCUCCCGAGCUGGCGUGGGUCACAAAGGCUGGCGAUAAAGAACUUGAGGUUCCCGUCGCGGUCCGUCCUACAUCUGAGGCUGUCAUGUACCCCUAUUACUCGAAAUGGAUCAGGACACAUAGGGAUCUUCCCUUCCGCCUAAACCAGUGGAACAACGUUGUUCGAUGGGAAGCCAAGCAGACCACUCCUUUCCUCCGUUCGCGAGAGUUCCUUUGGCAAGAAGGCCAUACCGCCCACCUUACUGAAGAGCUUGCUGGGAAAGAGGUCCUUGAAAUCCUUGAGCUUUAUGCCGGUGUGUAUGAGCAGCUUCUAGCCGUCCCUGUCGUCCGCGGCCGCAAGACGGAAAAUGAAAAGUUCGCCGGUGGUUAUUACACCACAACUGUCGAGGGAUACAUCCCUUCGAAUGGCCGAGGCAUUCAGGGAGCCACCUCUCACUGUCUUGGUCAGAACUUCAGCAAAAUGUUCGACAUCAAGGUCGAGGAUCCGGAGGUCAAGGGCCAGCAUAUCAAUGUGUGGCAGAACUCCUGGGGUCUCUCUACCCGAGUUAUCGUCGGAAUCACAAAGAACACCACCCCCGAGGAACGAGAGAACCUCGAUAAGAGGCUGGAGGAGAUCAACCAAGCCCUCACCAAGGCCGGUGUCCGCGUCGAGGUCGACGUGCGAGAUGGGUACACUCCCGCUUGGAAGUUCAACGACUGGGAGCUCAAGGGAGUUCCUCUUCGCAUCGAAUUCGGACCCAAGGACUCCGCCAAGAAUGUAGUCAGCUGGGCUAGGCGUGACACUGGUGAGAAGGGUACCACUGAUAUUGCUGAGAUUGGAUCCAAAAUCCCCGAACUUCUCGAGACAAUUCAGCAGGAUCUGUACAACAAAGCCGAAAAGUCGUUCCGUGAGCACCGUCUCAACAUCACCAACUGGGAUGAAGUCCUCCCCGCUCUCGAUGCCAAGAACGUUGUUCUCAUUCCCUUCUGUCUCGACGGAAAGUGCGAGGAUAGGAUCAAGGAGCUCACCACGGGCAAGCCCGAGGAGACCACUGAAGGAGGCGCUCCCAAGGCCCCUACCAUGGGCAUGAAGAGUCUUUGCAUCCCCUUCGAGCAACCCGAAGGCCUUGUAAAGGGCGAGACGGACUGCCUCAACCCCGAAUGCAGCCGCAAGGCAGAGCAGUGGUGCAUGUUUGGACGCAGCUACUAA